AUGGAAUAAUUCAAUCUAUAAGAUAUCUUAUCAUGUACAAAUCUAAGGAAACAAUAUACUUAACUAAAUAAUGUGAUUAAUCAAUAUGAUUCUACUUAUAUACUCAAAUUAAAAAAAGUAAUAUAUUUCAUUCUAUCCUCUCAAAGACUUUAUUAUAUGACUUAUUCAAUUCUUGUUUUGAUGAAAGUUUAUUGAUUGGAGGUCAAGUCUUAUAGAAGUUGCUUACAAAACUAUAUAAUGAAUAAGGAUAAGAAGACAAAAAGAAUAUAGACUUAUUCAAUCAAAGAUUGUAAUAAUUUGUAUAGAUUUUUGUUGAUGAUUACAUCCAAAGUGUCAAAUAGAAUUAACACAAUUACAAUCUCAAUUAUUCAUAAUAAAUUAAUAGAAUAUUAGCAGAUGUCAAAAUAGAAUCAAUUCAAUACAUAAUUGAUCACAUUAUAAAGUAAGAUCAAGACUUUUAUUAAUACAAACAUAAAGUAUGGGCUGUUGCUUCAUUACUUAAAUUUGCUAAAUCUGAAUAGUAUAUUACAGUGACUGAAUAGGGCAUAAUUUAUAAAAAUGGUAUCAAAUUGAAUUUGGAUAUCUAAAUAAUUUAGAAGUGGAUGUAUAAUAUUGAUAGAGCAAUCUAAUUUGAAGCUUUUCAAAUAUUUGCUUUGAACAACAAAAAAGCUGCAAAACCUACAUAAAUUGAAUUAGAUUCAACUAUACUAUUUAUAAAAUAUGUUAUUAAAACAUCAUAUCCAAAUUUUAAGAAGAAUUAUCUAUCAAAAAUUAAGUUUUUUAUUGAAAGAAUUAGAAUAAGCUAUUAAAAAGAAUUAAAAUAUUUGGAUUCAGGUAAAUCAAAAGAUACAACUAUAAUUUAACCAAUUAUUAUAUUCACACAAUCAAUUCUAGAUAUCCUAUAUUCCCAAUUAAUACCUGAGUGUUGUUAUGAAGUUUCAAGUCCUUGCUUAGAAAUAUUGAAGAUGAUAUAUAUGUAUUUAGGUACUAUUGAAAAAAUAGAACCAAAAAAAGGUGAAUUUUAUCAAAAAACAUAAUUUUUAUUUAAUUACUGUUUUGAAUAAGCUUAUGGAAACACAAAAGUUGAAUAAUUAAUCAUUUAAUGUAGUAGUAAUUGGGAAUCUUCAAGAACUUUAGCUUAUGAAAUAUUACUAUUACUUCCAAAUGAAAUUUAAUUCUUUAAUGAAUAGAAAGCUAAAGAACUCUAUAAGAUAGCAACUUCUUAUAUAGGUAAUCCAAUUAUAAAAUAUUAUGAAAGUGGUUCACUCUUAUUAUCAUUAUUAUUAAAGAAAUAUGCAUAUAUCUUAUAUCCAACUUAAAAUGCAGAGAUAGAAUUUUUAAAUUAUUUAAUUAAUGAAUUAUAAUAGAAAUUUAAUACUUUUAAGUAGGUAUUCUCUAAUGAUAUUACUUAAUUACAAUAAACACUUAUUCAUGGAUAUGUUUCAACCUUCUGGAUUAUAUUAUAAAGAAAUAAUAUUCAUUUAUUAGAAGAUAAGGAAUAACUUAAAUUAUUCUUUGUAAAAUUACUUGAAUUAUUAAAAGACAUAAUUGAAUUUGCUACUUAAGUAAGUUCAGAGAAUGUUUGUACAUGGAUAAUUGAUGGCAAAUAAACAUAACAUUAACCUUAUCAAGUUGAUUGCAGAGGACAUUUCUAUCAGACUGAGUUUGUUUAGAAUGUAUAAAAGAUUCUUUAGGGCAAUACAUUGAUUGAAUCAUUAGAUGAAUAAACUACAGAUUAAGGAUCUGAGAAUAUAUUGGUAGUAUCUUUCUUUUUGAUUACAAAAGAAUCUGGAGUUUUCUUUUAGGAAUUAGCAAAAGUGAUUGAUUAAAUGUAAGAUAAUUUAAUACCUAAUGAUUUAUUAAAGAGAGUUACUUAUCAAUUUUUCCAUGCUUUAUUGAAUAUUAAACAUUUAGGUUCUAUUGAUAGAAUUGCAUAAGGAUUAUAUGAAUUAUGUAAAACUAUGGGUGUGAAUAAAAAUUCAUAAUUACCUGGAUUAGUAAAUGAAUUGAUAGAUAAAUUGGUUGAAGCCUUUGAUUAAAAUCAAUUAAAAAAUGUAUUUAGAAGAUCAGCAGGUUUACCACAUUUGGUGUGUUGUUUAUUAAGAUCUUGUUAAAGUAAGGAUAAGUAGACUGAAAAAGUUGUAAAGAUAUUAUUGAAAUUUGCUAAAGGUGGUUAAAUAGAGAUGAGAAUUCAUGCACUUAAUGUAAUCAGAAAAUUAUUUAUGGAAGCUUGGUUAAGAUAAGAUCUUGAUUAAUUUAUAUCAGAGGCUUAUAUGUUAGCCAUUGAUGGUUUUAGUUAUGAUGAUUGGAGUGUAAGAAAUUCAUCUUUAAUGUUAUUUUCAGCUUUGGCAUCAAGAACAUUAGGGAAAAAUACUUAAAAUGUAGAAUAAAUUUCUUAGAAAUUGACAUUAAUAGAAUUCUUUAAUAAAUCACCUUAAUUAGUAUAAUACUUUUAAAAUAAAAUAAAUGAUUACAAUGAUUAAUAAUUAUAUCCUAGUUUAUAUCCUAUAGCAUUAUUAUUAUCAAGAUUGGCUCCAAUGGAAGGUAAAUUUAUUAGAAAGGUAUAUACAGAAAUAUAGACAUAAGAUUAAUUUGAUUAAAAAUAAUUAGAUUUAUUAUUACCAUCAUUAAUAAAUUGUUUAAAGAAUAAGAAUUAUUUAGGUAGAUUGAUAUUAUCAAAGGCUAUUUUACCAUUCCUUUAAUUUUAACAAAUAACAUCAUAUGUUGUUAAACUCUUAAAUGAAUUAAUAGAUAGUAAGACUAUAAAAUAGAAUCAUAAUAAUGCUCAUGGUAUAUUACUUUUGUGUCAUUAAUUAAUUAAAGAUUAUUAUAAUAUCAAGAUGGAAACAUUAGAUUAAUAUGAGAAUGAUUAAAUAGAAUAAUUGAAACAAAGUGAAAAGACUUUAAUUUAAGAAAUUCAUAAUAAAAGAUUUAUCAUUAAUGAAAUCAAAUGUCCACCUGUAUUAUCUGUUUAUUAUUAAGUCUUAAAUAUCAUAAUUAAGAAUAAUAAAUAAGAAGAUUGUGUUUUAUUUUUAGAUUGUUAUUAAAUUACAAAGAAUAUAGUUGAUCAAUAAUAUUUCAAUUAAAAAACAUUUUAAAUAUAAUAAGAUAUGGGUCAUAGUCUAUUAAGAAAGAAAUAGAUAUCAUUUUUAGUUAAAUUGGAUAAUUUGAAUAAAAGUCAUUCAUAUUUAGAAUAAUUAAUAAAGAAUUAAGUUUAAAAAUAUAUAUAAUAAAAAGAACUCUUAGAAAUUGAUGAUUUAGAAGUGUUAUAAUAAUUGUAUAAAUAAUAUAAUAAUAUAAUAAAGAAAAAUAAAAAAAUAGAAGAUUCUAAUAUAGAAAUUGCACAAUUAACUUAUCAAUUAUUAGAAGUGAUUGAAACACCAUAUUUCAGUUAAUGUUUAAAAUAAUGCUUAAGAUUUUUACUUAUUAUUAGUAAAUUAACUAUAUUGAAUCAUAAUUAAAUAAUAUUAGAUAAAAUUAAUAAGAGAUUUAUAAAUGAUUCAGGUAUAAUGAAACAUCUUAUUAAACUUUAUGGUUAUGUUAUGUUAUAUAAAUAAGAUUUUUUAGAUCAAUUUUUGAAAAUGUGUGAAUUAUAUUCACAUAGUAAUAAUAUAGAUGAUUUAAGAAUUGCAGUAAUUAAAAGUAUAUGUAUAGCAAUGCCAAAUUUAAUUAAUUUGAAUACUCUAAGAUUAUCUUUGAUUUAUUUAAGAUUACUUCAAGAUGAAUUACCAGAAAUAAGAAAUAAGAUAAGUAAAUAAAUAUGUAUUCAUUUGUUGAAUAAUAUAAAUAAAAAUACUACUGAAUUAUAUAACAAUGAAUAUAUAUUGCAUAAUUUUUACAAAUUUAUAGUGUAAAAAUAAAUAACAAAAGAUAACCAAAUAGAAAUUAUCAAUAUUUUAAUUACAUAAUUGAUGGAUAGUGAAUAUUAUAUGAUUAAAAGAUAAAAUCAUUAGUCUAAAAGGAUAUUCUAAUAUGAAAAAAGCAACAAAUAUAUAAGUGAAUUAAAAGGCAGAAAAUUAGCUUAUGACUUUUUAGUAUAUUGUGUUAAUUAGAAGAUAUUAGAUUAAGAAUUAGUUAUUCAAGAAUUAAAUGAGUAUGAGAUUAGACAUUAAAAUACUGCAUUAAUGGAAUAUAAAUUAAAUGAGAAUCAGAUUAAAAAUUAUAUAAACAAUUUAACAGAGAGAGAUGAUUAUAUAUAUGAGAAUAUGUGUAGAUUAACAAUAUUUGAAGAAUUGUAAACUAAAUUUAAUUCUAAUCAGUAAAUAUUUUUAUUUAAUAUUUUUAGUAAACCAUAUGAAUUAUAUAAUAAAUAUAAUUUAAAGAGAGUGGAGUUUUCAUUUUAGUAAUUUGAUUGA